GAGCCUCGUCAGCGCAUGAAAUCUCGUUCAUCGCCAACCAGCCGUCUCCUCUUCCCGCUUCCCGCUUCCAUCUAAAAAAGGUCAAGAUAGCAUCCGGCUGAAUGAUCCAACAUGGCGGACGCUGACUUCGAGGCCGUUAGAAAGCUUCAGGCUGAGCGGAACGCUGCUGCAGCUGCAAAGAAAGGAUCUCGCGGUCGCGAUCCUAACAGCCAGAGAUCCGAGAGCUCGACUAAGGCGAAGCUGACCGAAUCUUUCGAUACCGACCUCUACGAGCGCGAUGGAGGUGACAAAUAUGCAGGAUACCUCACCUCCAUCCCCGCGGGCGAUGGAGAAGAUGAAGAGAUGGAUGAUGUUGACAACUCACGUCGUCUAGUUGGCCAGUACACGGCAACACGCGCCCAGAUUGACGAAUUUGCACACGGUGAUGGGGUCGAAGAAGAUGAUCCUUUCGCUGGCAGAGGUGAAAAUAGCACAAGAAUCAUCGAUCGCGAAUCCGACUACCAUAAGCGCCGCUUCGAUCGCGUUCUUACACCAACAAGAGCCGAUGCCUUUAAUCGCCAGGGAGGUGCCGCCGAGGAUGGGGAUACGUACCGAGAUAUUAUGGAGCGGAGAGAGAUAGAGAGGGAGGAAGAACGCGUUAAGCGCGCUAUACAGGCAAGGCGGGAAGGAAAAGAAGCCGACGAUGAUCAUCAAGCAAUUCUCAAGGAUGGGGACAAGGAGAACUCAGAGGCAGGAUCUACUGACGCUGUGGCAUCUGGACGUAAGCGCAAGAAGAGGUGGGAUGUUGCAUCGACAGCUGUAGAUGAGCCUUCGUCUGAACCGGCCGAAGGCAAAUCUAAAAGGUCUAGAUGGGAUCAGGCGCCAUCACUUGCUACUCCUGGUGCUGCGGAUGGGGCUAAGAAGAGAUCACGAUGGGACCAGGCGCCAUCUGCAACCCCCAUCGGCAAUAGCGGCCUAGUUACGCCAAUGCACACAUCCUCAAUGGGAGCCGGCGCUGUCAAAACAGAUAUGCCCGGCCCUCCUGGCCUGCUAGGUGACGAAGAGUUGGACGCGUUGCUCCCUGGUGAGGAGCAGGGCUACAAGACCCUCGAUCCGCCUCAAGGAUAUUCUACACAUCCCCCCCUUCAUCGGGUUGCAGCUACGCCGCUACCACAGAAUUACGGCGGCUUCAUGAUGCAGGAUCCGGAAAGUACAAGACUAGGAGGAAGCCAGAUGCCAAAGGAAAUCCCAGGCGUUGGAGAACUACAGUUCUUCAAGCAAGAAGAUAUGGCCUAUUUCGGCAAACUAGCGGAUGGCUCCGACGAAAACAGUUUGAGCGUCGAUGAAUUAAAAGAGCGGAAGAUUAUGAGGCUCCUUCUCAAGAUCAAGAAUGGCACACCUCCUAUGCGAAAGACUGCUCUUCGACAGCUCACAGACAACGCAAGGCAGUUUGGUGCUGGCCCCCUGUUUAACCAGAUUCUCCCUCUUCUGAUGGAGAAGACAUUAGAAGACCAGGAACGCCACUUACUCGUCAAAGUAAUCGACCGUAUACUCUGGAAGUUGGACGACCUUGUUCGACCUUACGUUCAUAAGAUUCUUGUCGUCAUUGAGCCACUUCUCAUUGACCAGGAUUACUAUGCCAGAGUUGAGGGUCGAGAGAUCAUAUCCAACCUCAGUAAGGCUGCUGGUCUUGCCACGAUGAUCAGCACAAUGAGGCCAGAUAUUGAUCAUGUUGAUGAGUACGUGCGGAACACAACGGCUAGAGCCUUCGCAGUGGUAGCCUCAGCGCUCGGUAUCCCUGCACUCUUACCUUUCUUACGUGCCGUGUGUCGAAGCAAAAAGUCAUGGCAAGCUCGUCAUACUGGUGUCAAGAUCGUACAACAGAUUCCUAUCUUGAUGGGAUGUGCUGUGCUGCCUCACCUGAAGGGACUGGUGGACUGCAUAGGACCGAACCUAAACGACGAGCAGACAAAGGUGCGAACAGUGACCAGUUUAGCCAUUGCCGCUCUUGCUGAAGCGUCAAACCCUUACGGUAUUGAAAGCUUCGAUGAUAUCCUAAACCCUCUAUGGACCGGUGCCCGCAAACAGAGGGGUAAGGGUCUCGCUGGCUUUCUCAAGGCUGUUGGCUACAUCAUUCCGCUCAUGGACGAAGAGUACGCCAACUAUUAUACUGCACAAGUGAUGGAUAUUCUCCUCCGAGAAUUUUCGUCACCAGAUGAGGAGAUGAAGAAGGUUGUGUUGAAGGUCGUUUCACAGUGUGCGGGUACCGAGGGCGUAACAGCGGGUUACCUUAAAGAACAUGUUCUCGACGAGUUCUUCAAAAGUUUCUGGGUUCGGCGAAUGGCUCUUGAUAAGCGAAACUAUCGACAAGUGGUCGAGACAACCGUUGAUAUUGGCCAAAAGGUCGGCGUCAGCGAGAUAUUGGAGCGAAUCGUCGGUAACUUGAAGGACGAGAGCGAGGCAUAUCGCAAAAUGACCGUCGAGACCGUCGAAAAGGUGGUUGCUGGCCUGGGAGCCGCAGAUAUUGGAGAGAGGUUGGAAGAACGACUUAUCGACGGUAUCCUUCAUUCCUUCCAGGAGCAAAGCGUCGAAGAUAUCAUCAUGCUUAACGGUUUCGGUACCGUGGUCAACGCCCUAGGUACGCGUUGUAAGCCAUACCUACCCCAAAUAGUGUCAACUAUCUUGUGGCGACUCAACAAUAAAUCGGCAACGAUUCGUCAGCAAGCCGCGGACCUUAUCAGCAGAAUUGCGAUAGUCAUGAAGCAGUGCGGCGAAGAUGCGCUUAUGGGCAAGCUAGGUGUCGUUCUAUACGAAUACCUAGGAGAGGAGUACCCUGAGGUUUUAGGUUCCAUCCUCUCAGCGCUCCGAAGUAUCGUCACCGUUGUUGGUAUCAGCCAGAUGCAACCCCCUAUUAAAGAUCUACUACCACGUCUAACCCCCAUCCUACGAAACCGACAUGAAAAGGUGCAGGAGAACACGAUCGACCUCGUCGGUCGAAUCGCUGAUCGUGGACCAGAGAGUGUAAAUGCAAGAGAGUGGAUGCGAAUUUGCUUCGAGUUACUUGACAUGCUCAAGGCACACAAGAAGGGCAUUCGGAGAGCAGCCAACAAUACAUUCGGUUUCAUCGCCAAGGCAAUCGGACCUCAAGACGUGUUAGCAACCUUGCUAAACAACUUACGAGUACAAGAGCGACAGUCUCGAGUAUGUACAGCUGUUGCAAUCGGUAUCGUCGCCGAAACUUGUGCACCCUUCACCGUUCUCCCUGCCCUGAUGAACGAGUAUCGGGUCCCCGAACUCAACGUCCAGAAUGGUGUGCUGAAGUCGUUAUCAUUCCUUUUCGAAUACAUUGGAGAAAUGGCCAAGGAUUAUGUCUACGCAGUUACACCACUUCUAGAGGAUGCUCUUAUCGACCGUGACCAGGUUCAUCGGCAGACAGCUGCAUCUGUGGUCAAGCACAUCGCUCUAGGGGUGGUUGGUUUAGGGUGUGAAGAUGCCAUGGUCCAUCUUCUCAACCUCCUGUGGCCUAACUUAUUCGAGACCAGCCCACACGUCAUCGACCGAAUUGUGGAAGCAAUCGAGGCCAUCAGGAUGGCCGUCGGACCCGGUCUAGUGCUAAAUUACGUGUGGGCAGGCUUGUUCCAUCCCGCCCGCAAGGUUCGGCAGCCUUACUGGCGACUCUACAACGACGCGUACGUGCAGGCUGCCGAUGCCAUGGUGCCCUACUACCCUAACCUAAACGAAGAGGGCAUCGAUAGGCCUGAAUUGGCGAUCGUGCUAUGAUUUGCGGGUAGUUUUUAAAAAUAACAGUGAUAGCAUUGCUUUGGCUUACUUGGUUCGGGGCAGGAGCUGGUGGUGUAUAAUAAUAUGCUUAGGUAGAUUAAAAAAACCGGCGAAUUAAUGAGGAGACUUCUUUGUAAGGCGUUAAGCUUGCAACGGGAUACAACUUGGCUACGUGAAGGUACAUUAUGUCCUAAGCAUAGAUCACACCCCCCAAAC